AUGUUACAACCACCAACUCAAGACACCAUCAUGUCGUCCCGUCAAGCGUUCCGCUUCACUUCAGUCCUCCUUCUCCUCUCCAUCUUCUCGACCGUGACAACAGCAAUCUACAAUCCCAUGUACAUGCUCGGUCGCCGUCAAACCGGGGACGCAUCUAGCUGUGACAACUAUGCCACAAUUGCUAACCUGUCCACCAUUGGGAGCAACGCAACCUACCGAUCCGCCUAUCUUGCCGCCUCACCAGAAGGCAGUGAUCCCGCCAGAGCACCACUGGAUGCGGCAAUCCCUCAACUCCCGGCCUUGACCAAGGAUGUGGCUCUCAACGAGCAGUGCGGAAAUCUGACGACGAUUGCCUUUGAAGAGGCUCAGACCAACUUCACGAAUGGAAUCGUCCUGCAGUUCAAGAUCAAUGGUGCCCCCCUGAGAAUAGGAGCGGGUGCCAUGGGGAUGGCGACGCUCGUGGCCAUGGUUGCCGUGAUGGUUGCGGAUGUGUUGUAG